GAGGGGAGGCCGGUGCGGGUAGGUUGCGCCCUUCUUUUUUCGCGCGGCAGGUCGGAAGUGCUGGCAGAAGGCUGGUGAGUGUCAUCUUGAAAAUGGAUCCUGCCGAAGAAGACUACCCCACAGAGAUUCAUGAUUACCUUUCAGCCUUUGAAACAGCUGUUGGCUCAGUAGAUGCAGUGUUGAAGACAAUGAUGUCUGUAUCCAGAAGUGAGCUCCUCCAGAAGCUAGAUCCUCUUGAACAAGCCAAAAUAGAUUUGGUCUCUGCUUAUACACUGAAUUCAAUGUUUUGGGUGUACCUUGCUACACAAGGAAUAAAUCCAAAGGAACAUCCAGUCAAACAGGAAUUGGAGAGAAUAAGAACAUACAUGAACAGAGUGAAAGAGAUUGAAGAAAAGAAAAAAGCUGCCAGGCUGGAUAAAGGCGCGGCAUCAAGAUUUUUACGACAUGCACUGUACGAGCCAAAAACUCAAAGCAAACCUGCAAAGAAAAGUCCCAUUCCAGCGAAAAAGAAAAAAACUCAUUAAAAUCUCCCUGUUCAGUAUUAAUUAGAAUUAUUUUAAUAAGUUUUAUAUGUAAUAAAAUGCCCUUGAUAUUUC